CUACCUCAUCCCUGAAUUCCCAGCUUCAGCAGCUCCAGCAUCUUCAGCAGCUCCAGCAGCAGCAGCAGCAACAGCAGCAGCAGAGCCAAGCUAGCCAGCAAGCACAGGGCCAAGCCAGUCAGCCCCAGCAGCAACCACCACAGCCACAACUGCCUCAACAGCAACAGCCCCCUCCACCUCCGCCACCACAACAGCCACAGCCACAGCCUCAGAAUCAGAAUCAGAAUCAGAACCAGCCGCCUGCAGCUCAGCAAACUUCAGGCUCCCCUCAGAAAGCCAACCAGUCUCCAGGGCAUGGUCUUCCCUCUCCUCUUACAUCCUCAAACCCCCUCCAGCUGGUUAACAAUCCUCUGGCAAGUCAAGCAGCAGCCGCCGCCGCCGCCGCCGCCAUGGGCUCAAUAGCCAGCUCACAAGCCUUUGGCAAUGCACUCUCCAGUCUUCAGGGGGUCACAGGUCAACUAGUCACUAAUGCACAAGGACAGAUUAUUGGAACAAUUCCACUGAUGCCUAAUCCAGUCUCAUCCAGUCAGGCAGCAGGAGGAGCUCAGGGCCUUCAAGUGCAGCCAAUUACACCACAGUUAUUGACCAAUGCCCAGGGUCAAAUCAUUGCAACAGUAAUUGGAAACCAGAUAUUGCCGGUAAUCAACACCCAGGGAAUCACACUGUCACCACUCAAGCCAGGCCAACAGCUCCAUCAGCCCUCUCAAACACAAGUAGGACAAGCAGCCUCACAGUCUAAUCUUCUACAUUUGGCUCAUAGUCAAGCAUCUGUAUCUCAAAGCCCAGUGCGCCAGGCUUCUUCUUCUUCUUCUUCCUCCUCCUCAUCUUCAGCUUUGAGUGUUGGCCAAUUAGUCAGCAAUCCCCAGACAGCCUCCAGUGAGGUGGAUGGGGUGAAUCUUGAGGAAAUCCGAGAAUUUGCCAAAGCUUUUAAAAUACGACGCCUGUCCCUUGGUCUCACCCAGACACAAGUUGGUCAAGCUCUAAGUGCCACAGAGGGUCCAGCCUACAGCCAGUCUGCCAUCUGCAGACACACCAUCCUGAGAAGCCACUUUUUCCUACCACAGGAAGCCCAAGAGAACACUAUAGCUAGCAGUCUGACAGCCAAACUGAACCCUGGCCUUUUGUAUCCUGCCAGGUUUGAAAAGCUGGACAUCACCCCUAAAAGUGCCCAGAAGAUAAAGCCGGUGCUUGAACGGUGGAUGGCUGAGGCUGAGGCCCGCCAUCGAGCAGGUAUGCAGAACCUUACUGAAUUUAUUGGAAGCGAACCAUCCAAAAAGCGCAAGAGGCGCACUUCCUUCACCCCACAAGCUCUUGAAAUCUUGAAUGCCCAUUUUGAGAAGAACACCCAUCCCUCUGGGCAGGAAAUGACAGAAAUUGCAGAGAAACUGAACUAUGACCGGGAAGUAGUUAGAGUCUGGUUCUGCAAUAAGAGGCAAGCACUGAAGAAUACAAUUAAACGCCUAAAACAGCACGAGCCUGCAACAGCAGCCCCGAUGGAGCCCUUAACAGACUCUCUGGAAGAAAACUCUUAAAUGGAUAGAUUUAAAGGGGGAAAAAAACACACACACACACAAAAACGGACACCGUUUUCAACUUUUGAACUCUGUAAAGAUGCUCUUUCUCACCCUUGUAAGUAAAAGACUGUGGAA